AUGGCAGCCACCGAAAUAACAGUCUCUGGGUCCACUCAACAGUUCUCCUCCAAGGUUUUGCUGGCUACUGCGGUCGUUAUCGUGGAAGAUGAUGAGGGUAGUCAGUUCCCGGUUCGUGCUCUAUUGGAUUCUGGCUCCGAGAUGUUCGGUUGGGUGGUCUGCGGAGGCCUGACAAAUCCGAGUCAAGGCUUAAGCAUCAAUUGUAGUACGGCAACUACACAAGGAUUAGAGGAGCUAGUCGCACGGUUUUGGGCUAGUGAAGAGAUUGGCAGUUCCAAGGUUCUUUCGUUGGAGGAAAGUAAAUGUGAGGACAUUUUCCGGAAGUCGGUUCGUAGGGAAUCCGACGGUCGAUACUCCGUUUCGUUGCCGAAAGAUGAAGACGCAAUUUCCAGGUUGGGCGAGGCACGGGACAUCGCAUUCCGGCGGCUUCAAGGCACAGAACGUAGAUUGGCGAGGGAUGUUGGUCUGCGAGAACAGUACCAUCAGUUCAUGGAGGAAUACAUCCGAUUAGGGCAUAUGACGAAGAUAGAGGAAACGGCUGAUCUCGAAAAACGAUGCUAUCUGCCACAUCAUCCGGUAAUUAAGGAGGCCAGUACCACAACUAAGGUCCGUGUGGUAUUCGACGCGUCAUGCAAGACGUCGUCUGGCGUUUCGCUCAAUGACGCUCUGCUGGUAGGACCGAUUGUACAGGAGGACUUACGAUCUAUCAUGCUCCGGAGCCGCGUCAAGAUAAUCAUGUUGGUAGCCGAUGUAGAGAAGAUUUUCCGGCAAAUCUUUGUUCUACAGGUGGAUAGGCCACUCCAAUGCAUUCUAUGGCGCUUCGAUCCGUCGGAACCGGUAGGCGUGUACAAACUCAACACUGUCACGUAUGGAACGAAACCCUUUCUGGCAACGCGUACAUUAAACCAGCUUGCAAUGGAUGAAGAAGAACAGUACCCAAUGGCUGCAAGGGCAACCACGGAGGAUACGUAUAUGGAUGACGUUAUCACAGGAGCGGAUACGGUCGAAAACGCCAGGGAGCUAUGCAAGCAACUCAACGAGAUGACUUGCAAAGGAGGUUUCAAGCUUCGGAAAUGGGCAUCAAACCAUCAAGCAGCAUUGGAAAGCGUUUCCGAGGACAAUCUGGCUAUUCGAGUUUCGGAAGGGAUUAAUCUGGACCCUGACCCUGUUGUAAAAACUCUAGGGUUGACUUGGAUGCCUACUUCCGAUCAACUGAAGUUUCAAUUUACCAUUCCGGGUUGA